GCAGGUUCGGUUUGCGUUUGGAACAAACUCGCGCUCGAGAUUCCGGUUUUCAGUCAUAAACAGUGUGCCUCAAGAUCAUCUGAUAGAGCUCCGGAUUACGAUUGAUACACUCGCGAGCGUAAAGUACGGUGAAAAGUUUCAUUUUUGGAUUUUUUCAAAAGUGGAUUUUUUGUUUUAGAUUGGAUUAACAGUGCUUGUGGAUUUUUUUAAAAUCAUUUUUGAUUUGGUGAUUCGAAAUUUUGUAAAAAUGGAAGUGAGGAAAAUUCUGGUUGUUUUGUGCCUUUGUGUUGUUUUUGGAAGUGCAAUAGGAAAAAGAACGAGAACCAAACCGGAAAAUCUAGAAGACACAUACGGAGCCUUAGUAGAUGAAGACGUCCAAAACGACGAUUACGACUACGGCACUGGGGAUCCGGAUAGUGCUCCAGACGAGGAGAAUAAUAAUGUGGUGGCCGCUGAAGAGCAUGUGGAAUUCAUCACGCCGCCGAGAGUAUUUGUGGCAAACAUUGGGGACACGUUAAAAUUGCCUUGUGAAGUGUCUAAUACUGACAUUGUUAUGAUCUGGCAAAAAGAAGACAAUCUUCUUUUCCAAGGAGGUGUUCCGGUGGAAAAAGUAGAAAAUAUCGAAGAAAUCGAUAAUAGUACUUUAAAAGUAAAAAUACUAUCUAAUGCAGAUUAUGGCAACUACGCUUGUAUCCUUAUGACCACAAAUGACGUCAAAAGCAGACCAAAGAUCGUCCACCGCAUUGUGGCACCGGCUCCACCAGUUAUCCUGGGUAUUUGGACAAACAAAAACAACGAAACUGUGUACAAAUCAGGCGAAACUCUGUCGCUGACCUGCGUAGCAACAGGAUAUCCAAAACCGACCAUAUCAUGGCACAAAGGAAGCGAAAGAUUAGCCAUUACAGGAGAGACUCUAACAAUUACAAAUGUAACUGCAGAUAAUGAUGGAAGGUAUAGGUGCUUAGCCGAUAAUCAAGUUCAUAAACCUAGCCAUCAUCAUAUUUAUAUCCAAGUAGAGCAUUUACCCAAAUUAUCAGUAAAAGAGUACAUAGUGACAUCAGACAAAGAAAAAGAUGCGGAACUAAUUUGCACCGUUGAUGCCUUCCCACAGCCCCAAAUCGUAUGGAAAAAAGGAGAUGAAAUCAUCGUCAACCAGGGCAAAAGCAAAAUAACUCUUAACAAGAAACUCGAAAAGCCAGAAUUCGAAAGCAUACUUCUCAUCACCGACUUGUCAGACGAAGAUUUCACCACGUACACUUGCUUGGCAAGAAACAGUUUGGGCAAGAGUGAAAAACAGAUCAAUUUAGUCAAAGUUCCCGUUGUACGAGAGUUUAUUAAACCAGAUAAGGCUAACAGAGAUGUUGUGUUGACUUGGAAAGUUGAAUCGUCAUCACCAGUUACCGCUCACGAAAUUCAGUACAGGAAAAAAGGAGAAACUGCGUGGAUAGUAGCUAAACCCGAAGUAACAGUCUCGGAUUCCAACAUCUUUACAGUAAGAUACACAUUAAAAGAUCUUGAUGCUGGGGCUUACGAAACCAGGGUUCGAACACAGAGCCAACACGGCUGGUCAGAAUAUUCGGACAUAAUGCCUUUCGAAGGUGUUUUGGCUAAACAUGGCUCUUCGACUCACAAAAACCACCACAAAAAACACCAUAAAGACCAAAAAGAAAAAGAACUUAAAGAAAAACACGUACAAGAAGUGACACCUGUUCCAGAACAACAAGAAAUUAUACAGAAAGAAGCACCCGUAGGAGCUUCCCAAACAAGCAGCAGUUCGUCGAUGACAUCCUCAUUGGUCAUUUUGAGUAUAGCCUUGAUCUUCCUUUUCUCUAACAGGCAGUGAACGGGCCAACCUUAAACAAUGUACAACUGAAAAAUUCUUCCAUGCACUGGUAGCUUAAAAUACAAGAUAAAAACCAAAGUAUUCGACUAUAUUUUAGAUAAUAAGUAAAUUAUGAACUUUUUUUAUUUUCAAUCCGAGCUCUUCAGCUUUCUUUUUUAUUAAUUUCCAAACCGUCUGACUUCCCCUUGUAUAUAAUUCCUUCAUUUUGUGUUCAUUUAUUGGUUAAUUUGUUAUCUCAUCAUGGAAAUCUGGGUUGCUAAAAAUUGCCAGCAGGCGCAGGCGUUAAGGAAAGUGCUGCAGUUUUUAGUUGAAAGUUAUUCUGUGAUUUAGCUGUUACAUGAAAAAAUUAAUAUUAUAGAUUUUAUAAAGUCAAUAAACUAUUUUAACGAUUCACAAAGUUUCGUAUAUUUUGGUAAAUUGUUUAUGAAAACAAAAUUAUCACUAGUACCAAGACAGAUCCCUGAGGUACUAUUUUAUUUUUGUUUUUAGUACAUUUUCCAAUUGAUGACAAUGUAGUUUUCUGACUUUAUAAAACUAAAAAGUUUAUUAAAUAUAUUGUGAAUAUUGGCUGAUUUUUUGAUUCUUUAUUAUAUUGGAGGGACAAUCUUAUAAUACGCCAUAUUUAAAUGAGUUUUUUUAAUAGAAUCAAGGAAUUGGCACUGAUAAUUUAAUUUUUAAAAAGAUACAUGUUUUUCUUUUAGAACUUCGUUCCAUUACCGAUCUUGUCCUAUAUUUGAAACAUAUUAAGUUGUUAAUUACAUAACUAAAAAAAAACUGGUUACGAACCUAGUUCUUAAGGAAAAAAAUAAUACUAAUAAGUAUAAGUUACCUGUUACUAUCAUAUAACUCGAUAAUUUAGGUCUGGUCAGUAUUUUUAAUUUUUUUUUGUUGAAAAUUUUUUUAGAUUCCAUCUAGUUUGGAUUUUCGUCAAUCAUUUGUGAAAUACUGAAACAGCGUCCAAACUUGAUAUUUUUGACACAUUUUUUGUAUACUUUGUUUAAUACCAAUUGAAUAUUUUAAGAAAAACCUUAUCAUCCGAUUUGCUUUCAAUCGCUCGAUAUGCAUAGGCGUACCGAAUUUUUCUCCGUUAUAAAAUAUUUUAUAUUCAAAACAUAUUUCGUUUUCAUAUUGAAUUUUCCAAAAAAAAAAUAAUGAAAAAUUGGUUUAAAUAAUAACGAGGCAUAAUUUAAUUUGAACUAAAAUGUCAAAAGGUCAAGUUAUCCAAGCAAACAUUUAUUUAUUUUUUUAUUUUGGUAAAUAAUAUAAAAUCAAAUAAAUAACAAAUAUACACCAAAAAAUUUGUAGCAGUACCAUUGGUAAAAAUUUUUAAAAAGGUAUAUAAAAAAAAUUAAACAGUCUUUAUUUGCACUGAACAAUUUUGUUUUUAAUCUUGUUUUUCUUUUUGCCGGUUGUGAGUGGCUCUCUGCGGCUUUUUCUAGUUGUUAAAGUUGAUGUGCUCGAAUUUGAAGAUCCGGCUCAAAGGAAUACCGAAAUGAGCUGAUACACGUUAUGGAUAUUUUAGAGAACGAUAAAAAUUUUAAAUCGAAUCCUUCGAUUAAGCAAGCCAGUGCAUAUAAACUAAGAUUACAGAACAGAGACUUCAAAUUUUCAUAAAAUCAUUCCACAUGGAGAAAUAUUUUUUAAGCAAUUACAGGCGAUUAAUAACGACCUUCAAGGGGGUAAACAAGAUCUACAAAACUUUGAAAAUGCAAUGAAAAAAAUUCGUGAUGAAAGGGACACAAUAAUUAUUGAUUAACUAAAGUGGGAGCUUUUAGAAAACGAAGAUGUAUCUGUUCCUUAGAAAAAGCGACGUUAUCCUCGUUUUGAUCUAUCUAGUUCAACAAAUGAAAAAUUUGAAGCCUUGGAAGUUUGAGAUCACAUUAUACAACAGAUUAGCAUCUGACAUCUGAUAGUUACCGCAUUAUUAAUGAAAUAAUAUUUUAUCGAACCAAUACAGUUUUCUUUGCAAAUUGCUCUCUAAAAACAGACCUGCAAAUACUUUAUGCAAGAGAAAAAUUGCAAACCAUUUCUGAAGCCGUUCCUCUUAUAUCCUUAUCAUUAUAAUGAAAGUAGAAAGACUAAGUGCAUUGGGAAUGUUAUGAGUUGAAAAAGUGUUUAUCAACGCUAGUACAGAACAAUAACUAGAUUUCGAAUAUCGUUCAAUGUAAAAUCUUCUUCAUUUUACUUAUAGUUUUAGAGAAUAUAUUGUUUUUAUUAAAAAUAGUAUGUGUAGAUAAUGUAAUACAUUUUCAUUUUAUAUGUGGGAUAUUUUGCUUUUUUUACACUGGAUAUGUAUGCGUUCAAUAUCCUCUAAGAGAGACUACACAAAGAUUAUUUAUGAGACGAGGCCGAAAUAUAAUGAUUUUUUCUGUGUUUGAAAUGCUUCCAGAUCUUUCACUUGUCUUUUUUAACUUAACAUCUUCAACUUGCAGAAGUGACUGUAAAGGCGAUACACUCCAACCACUUGGGUAACAUAUUAAUCACAUGUUUCUUGUUUUAAAAUGUUUUAUCACUAGAUCGCACUAAUUUUUAUAGAGAACUCAACCAAAAAUAUCAAUUAUGGACGAGCUAAAAUGAGUUUCAAAAUUUCUAUUUUUUUAAUUUUAGGUAUAACUGUACAUAUUAAUUUAAUUUUAGUUCGUGUGAUGUGACGUAUUUAUAUUUUAUUACGUAAUACUUAUAUAGCUGCAUACUACCAAAAUGCCUAACAACCAAGUUCCCUACCAUAUUUUUUUUUAAUAAAUUUGUUUUGUAAAACCUCACAAACCUCACAAAAAAACGUAUCAAUUUUUUAUUAAUUUUUUGCUAUAACUAUAAAUAAGUAUUAUAAAUGAGUACUUAUUAGUUUGGAAAUGAUUCAAGGGAACUGUUCAAAUGCCUUACAAAACGACCGUUUAGGACAAGAAACAAAAAAUCAACUUUUUAUAAGCGGAUAUCUUUAAAAAACAAAUUGUUGCUUAUUGUAUGAAAGGUACAAUUUUUAAAGUAUUUUCACCUGAAGUAUUAGGUAAUUUUUAUAGAAAAUUAUUGGUUUGCUAGAUACUAUUAUACUAGAAAUAAUGACGAUGGUCUGAUGAAAUCGCAUAUCGCUAUUUGGAAAAAUUUACAGUAGGAAUUCGGGUGGAAAUUCUUUGUAUAAUUAUACUUAUCCAUUGUAUAUGAAUGUAUAGAGAAAUACAAAAAAAUAUUUAAAUACA